CGUCGUCGUGUCUUGCCUUUCCAAUUAAUCCAUGAAAAUCCGCCUUGAGCUCGAUUCUCCCGACAAUGGCGGCCUCGAGUGAACCCAACUCAACAGAAGACAUCUUCGACUCCUCACUGAAUCUAGAAGAAACCCACCUCAAAGAAGGCUACAACGAGGGCUACGCCGACGGUUUAGUCCCCGGCAAGGAGGAGGGCCGGCAAGUGGGCUUAAAAACCGGGUUCGAAGUCGGCGAAGAGUUGGGAUUUUACAGGGGUUGUAUUGAUGUAUGGAACUCCGCUAUUCGGGUCGAUUCGAAUUGCUUUUCGUCUCGGGUCGUGAGAAGCAUCAAACAAAUGGAGGAGUUGCUGAACAAGUACCCGAUUUCCAACCCGGAAGAUGAGUCGGUUAGCGAUGUUAUGGACUCUUUGAGGUUGAAGUUUCGGGCUAUUUGUGCCACCUUGAAUGUGAAGUUGGAGUAUAAUGGCUAUCCCAAAUCUUCUGAUGGUGGAAAUAUCCAAUUUUGAGGUUGAAGAAAAGGAACUUGGUCACUUUGUGGUGCAGGGGAAGAAGGAAAGUGUUUUUCAAGUGCGUUGGCUUGAGAUCCGAGCUGACUCUACACUUUUCUUUGUGAAAGAAAGGUUUCAUUUUCACACAUGCCUUGAGGAUGGAGGGUGGAGACAAAAGGUUGAUAAAUGACUGUAAGACUGUGAUGCAAAAGAUUGUUGGUGGAGUGCUUGCUGAUAACAGUCAUUAACUUGUCGUGUUUUGGGCAGGUUUAUAGCAAUUGAGCCAACAAUUAAUUCUUUAAAGUAGAGCUCUAUGUCGGAGAAAUUUUUAUGCUUGUCUUAGCCCUCAUCAGCUUCUCCUGGCUUCAUGAAAGCAUAUUGUCUUGUAGUUUACAUAAAAUUUAUAUUACAAUUGGAGCUAGUGAUGCAUCAUCAAGGGCUUCCGAGGCUGUUCUUUCUGGACUCUGUACAAAGACUGAAGUGUUGGAAAGCUUCUAAAAUGCACCUAUCUUUAGCUGACAUGAUCGACAA